GGGCCGCCGUAGAAGGACCCUCUGGAGGCCACGUUCUUGAGAUGGCUGCCGGGCUCCGCUCUCCGCGGCGCCCCGGUUGAGGGGCCGCCAGCGGGCACCCGGCGCCACCGCUGCGUUCCGGCACUAGCACGGGACACGGCCUGGGAGCGGCGGGCCGCGGUCCUGCGCGCGCCGUCUCUUGGGGCGGGGCACCGGGCCCCUUCCGGGGAUGGGCCCCGGCGCCCGCGUCGGCCUGGCUGUGCCCGGCCCCUCCCCACUCGGGCGGGCGCUGCGCCGUGUCCCCGCCCGUCAGUCCGCCCGGCUCGGCUGGCCGCAGAAGUGGCCUGGGCGGCCGCACUGAGAGCUUUACGCCCGGAGGCGUCGGCGCUGCAGCUGGCCCACGACGGCAACGGGGCGAAAAGGCGGCGGCACCAUGUUCUCCCUCAAGCCGCCCAGACCCACCUUCAGGUCCUACCUCCUGCCGCCGCCCCAGACUGACGAUAAGAUCAAUUCGGAACCGAAGAUUAAAAAACUGGAGCCAGUCCUUUUGCCAGGAGAAAUUGUCGUAAAUGAAGUCAAUUUUGUGAGAAAAUGCAUUGCAACAGACACAAGCCAGUACGAUUUGUGGGGAAAGCUGAUAUGCAGUAACUUCAAAAUCUCCUUUAUUACAGAUGACCCAAUGCCAUUACAGAAAUUCCAUUACAGAAACCUUCUUCUUGGUGAACAUGAUGUCCCUUUAACAUGUAUUGAGCAAAUUGUCACAGUAAAUGACCACAAGAGGAAGCAGAAAGUCCUAGGCCCCAACCAGAAACUGAAAUUUAAUCCAACAGAGUUAAUUAUUUAUUGUAAAGAUUUCAGAAUUGUCAGAUUUCGCUUUGAUGAAUCAGGUCCCGAAAGUGCUAAAAAGGUAUGCCUUGCAAUAGCUCAUUAUUCCCAGCCAACAGACCUCCAGCUACUCUUUGCAUUUGAAUAUGUUGGGAAAAAAUACCACAAUUCAGCCAACAAAAUUAAUGGAAUUCCCUCAGGAGAUGGAGGAGGAGGAGGUAAUGGAGCUGGUGGUGGCAGCGGCCAGAAAACUCCACUCUUUGAAACUUACUCGGAUUGGGACAGAGAAAUCAAGAGGACAGGUGCUUCUGGGUGGAGAGUUUGUUCUAUUAACGAAGGUUACAUGAUAUCCACUUGCCUUCCAGAAUACUUUGUAGUGCCAAGUUCUUUAGCAGACCAAGAUCUAAAGAUCUUUUCCCAUUCUUUUGUUGGGAGAAGGAUGCCACUCUGGUGCUGGAGCCACUCUAACGGCAGUGCUCUUGUGCGAAUGGCCCUCAUCAAAGACGCGCUGCAGCAGAGGAAGAUUGACCAGAGGAUUUGUAAUGCAAUAACUAAAAGUCACCCACAGAGAAGUGAUGUUUACAAAUCAGAUUUGGAUAAGACCUUGCCUAAUAUUCAAGAAGUACAGGCAGCAUUUGUAAAACUGAAGCAGCUAUGCGUUAAUGAGCCUUUUGAAGAAACUGAAGAGAAAUGGUUAUCUUCACUGGAAAAUACUCGAUGGUUAGAAUAUGUAAGGGCAUUCCUUAAGCAUUCAGCAGAACUUGUAUACAUGCUAGAAAGCAAACAUCUCUCUGUAGUCCUACAAGAGGAGGAAGGAAGAGACUUGAGCUGUUGUGUAGCUUCUCUUAUUCAAGUGAUGCUGGAUCCCUAUUUUAGGACAAUUAUUGGAUUUCAGAGUCUGAUACAGAAGGAGUGGGUCAUGGCAGGAUAUCAAUUUCUAGACAGAUGCAACCAUCUAAAGAGAUCAGAGAAAGAGUCUCCUUUAUUUUUGCUAUUCUUGGAUGCCACCUGGCAGCUGUUAGAACAAUAUCCUGCAGCUUUCGAGUUCUCUGAAACCUACCUGGCAGUGUUGUAUGACAGCACCCGGAUCUCACUGUUUGGCACGUUCCUGUUCAACUCCCCUCACCAGCGAGUGAAGCAAAGCACGGAAUUUGCUAUAAGCAAAAAUAUCCAAUUGGGUGAUGAGAAGGGCUUAAAAUUCCCCUCUGUUUGGGACUGGUCUCUCCAGUUUACAGCAAAGGAUCGCACCCUUUUCCAUAACCCCUUCUACAUUGGAAAGAGCACACCUUGUAUACAGAAUGGCUCCGUGAAGUCUUUUAAACGGACAAAGAAAAGUUACAGCUCCACACUAAGAGGAAUGCCGUCUGCCUUAAAGAAUGGAAUCAUCAGUGACCAAGAAUUACUUCCAAGGAGAAAUUCAUUGAUAUUAAAACCAAAGCCAGAUCCACCUCAGCAAACCGACAGCCAGAACAGUGAUACAGAGCAAUAUUUUAGAGAAUGGUUUUCCAAACCCGUCAACCUGCACGGUGUUAUUCUGCCACGUGUCUCUGGAACACACAUAAAACUGUGGAAACUGUGCUACUUCCGCUGGGUUCCUGAGGCCCAGAUCAGCCUGGGUGGCUCCAUCACGGCCUUUCACAAGCUCUCCCUCCUGGCUGAUGAGGUCGAUGUGCUGAGCAGGAUGCUGCGGCAGCAGUGCAGUGGCCCCCUGGAGGCCUGCUAUGGGGAGCUGGGCCAGAGCAGGAUGUACUUCAACGCCAGCGGCCCUCACGACACUGACACCUUGGGGACACCGGAGUUUCUCUCCUCCUCAUUUCCAUUUUCUCCUGUAGGGAAUCUAUGCAGACGAAGCAUUUUAGGAACACCAUUAAGUAAAUUUUUAAGUGGGGCCAAAAUAUGGUUGUCUACUGAGACAUUAGCAAAUGAAGACUAAAAUAGGGUGUUUUCUGAACAUUUUGAGGGAAGCUGUCAACUUUUUUCCUCUGAAUUAAAAUUGCUAACCUAGGCGUUUGAAGCUUUAAUAACUUUAUAUGUAAGAAUAAUAGUUGGAAUUUGCACUAAUAUUUAAAAACAUGUUGAAUCAUGCUUCUUUCACACUUAUUUUAAGAGAGAUGUAAAUUUUGUUCCUGUCCUCUUUCUGUCAUUACAGGUCUGGCUCUUGUAACUGUGAUCAAACUGUUCAUGUUCUGUCUGCUACAUUUUUGUCUCCAUCCAUUUUUCCUACCACCUGAAAGCUAUCUGAUAGUCACAUUAGCAACCCCAGGCAGCAGACAACAGGAAAGUUAGGAAAUUUGUGUUUCAUUAUCAUUUUUAGGAACAUCUGAUAAAACCUCCAGCAGGUUUUAGGAAGUAUUCAUGUAUUUUUCUGGUAACUUUCUGUCACCUCUAAUUGAACUCACCUGAUGAAGGUUCAGUGUUCUGUGGCCAGAAUUUAUUAUUUUAGAUCACCUUCUUUGUGACCUUAGAUCACUGUGUUUUGAAAUCAUGAGUUUGCUUUUAACUUCAUAGGGCUAACUUUAAAAUGAUAUGCACUGUUAAUUUUAAAGCAUUUGCUGCAGAUAAUUAAACUUAGAAGUGCCUUUGACUUUAAGAUACAGAUAUUACAGAAGAAAAUGUAAUUUCACUUUUUAAAAUUGGGGUGUGAAAAUCCCAUUGCAUAUUUGAAAUAGGCUUUUCUUACUAAGCUUCAUAGCCAGGAGUCCCCAAAGUCUUGUUCCUCUGAAAGCCACUGGGGAGUGGCCUAUGGGGUGCUGAUUCCUCAGAGGUGCAUGCUGUAGACAGGAGCGUGCCACCUAUGCCAAAACCCGCCCUCAAAAACAAGGCUUGCUGGGAGGCGUGCUGGGCUUGGCCGUCAGUAUUUCCAGUGUGGUAAACUAUUGCUGGCACUUCCCCCUGGAAAUAGCUAAUGAGGUCACGAGUUGGGCACCUGCACAGAUGUCCUCCUUCUCUCAUAGUUCCUAAUGCUUAGGAAUAGAAUAGAAAUAAAAAAUGGAUUCUCUCAAAACACUGCCAUUUGAAUGAUGAGAGAAGUGCUCCCCCAGCCCCCAACUUCUUGACAGCAUAGCUGAGGAGAAUGAGCAGACACAGUUGUUUGCUUGAUCUGAAUCUCAAAGUAUUUCCAAACUGUGUGACAAGAGCCUACCCACCACUGUAGAGGUCAAAGCUGAAGCUUCUUACAGCAGUGAAACGGGGCACCGCCUCCCCCACACUCCUCAUUCCCUGCUUAAAUCAUGGAUACUUCCAAAUUUGACUUUUUCUUAAACUGCCAUCCUAAGAUACGGAAAAUUUUUAUAGUAAAGUGUCUAGUUAGCUUAUUUUUCUAAAACAAAUGUUUUCAAGAUAACUGUAUUUUACCUUUAUAUGUACUGAAUAGCUGUUUCUAUUUGAAUUAUUUGCCUUUUAAAAUUUGAUAAUGUCUCUGGAUAUAACAGGACAGGAGUUCUUACAAAAUAUCUUAAGAAAUUCACUUUAUGAGUAAACCCAAGGUUUUUGCCAACUUGUUGCCUAGAAAAUAAGGGCUAGUUUCAGUUUAUACAAAUAGAAUUAUUAAACAUUUUACAGUCCUUGAUUAGAAACCAGACCUAAUCUCCUUAUAACACCACAGCACAUCCUACCAUUGACAGUGUAAUCACAAUUCUCCCUUUUUCAUUUAGCUGCUUUUUUAUUAUUACUAAAUGUUUUGGAUUGAACAUUUUUCCCUCUGUAAUUUUCUUCCCUCAAAUUUAUUUUAACUCUUGUAGUAUUUUAUUGUUAAUUUACAAGUUUAAAAAUAUUAGGUACUAUUAAUAAUGGUUAAAAAUAGAAAAAUGCAUAUUUUUGUAUGAUAAUCAAAUGUAAAAUACAGUUUUAUUUUUGCUGGACAGUUGUUAUAUCAUGAUUAUUGUGCCACAGUUUAUUGUGCAUAAUAUGAAAAACAACUAUGACAGCCUUCAGUCAGGCCAGGGUAAAGCUGCUUACCACUUCUGCCGUCAGAGGGACAUGUGGUGACAGCAGUGGUGUGGCUGCACAGAGCGCACUAGAGAGAGCUCAGCACCCCCACUGCCCGCCAGCAGAGCCCGUGCUGAGGGAACGCCACACAGAUGCUGAUGCGCUGGGUGAAAUUUCUAGUAUUGAACAUACAUAAAGGUGUACAGUGUCUUGCUGUUAUUUUAUGAUGGAAACCGAUUUUGAAGCCAAAAAUUCUAACUUUAAGGAAAGGAUAUUAAUUUGUACCAACAAACAGAGGGUGAAAGCUGCUCACAUCUGUCAACAAAAUCUGCUUGCUGCAGUAGUAACCUCAAAUGGUUAAAACUUGAUUUCCCGAGAAAACUAAAACCUUUGUGCCUAAAACUGAUGACUUGAGUUCAAGUGGGAUGAGCAAGAAGAUGUGUUAUCUUGUUGUUCAACAGUAUUGAAUGUGAAUGAAGGAAAUUUUGAUGGCUUAAUAAAAUUCCACAGUGACUGUU